UCCAUAGCUGGGUGUCUCGCGCAUCCUCCAUAGCCGACUUCCUCAGCUCACCCAUUUGCCGACUUCCUCAUCUUUGUUUGCCGACUUCCUCCAUAGCUCACCCAUUUCCCACUGUCAUCUUUGUUUUCUCUCCCUUUUCCCGUUUUUCUCUCCAGUGAUUGUCCACAGCUGGGUGAAGACCACGGUCGGCUUCAACCGGGCCAACCUCUUCGAGGCCGACGUCGCAGACCUUAUCAAAGACGUCUCCACAGCUAGGUGGAGACCACCUUCGCCGUCAGCCGGGAUCAAAGACGUCUUCACAGGUGGGUGGAGACCACCAUUGCCGUGAACCGGGCCAACCUCCUCCAAGUCGACGUCUUGACCUCAUCAAAGAAGUCUCCCUCAAGGAGCGCGAGCUCAGGAUUGUGGGCGAGGUCAGUGCCAAGAUCCGAGUCUUAGACUUCAUUUCUCCCGAUGUCCAGGUUCUAAAUUUAAUGGUUUAAAAACCCGAAUUGAAGACGUAGCUGGAAGAAGAAGAAGAGGACGUGUAGUACUAAGGAAAAGAAAGCUGAGAAUGACACAAUUGUUUGUUACUCAAAAGGCGCUUGUAUCCUAAUUAUUUGGCGAGUUCUAUAUAAAGGGAAAAAAAUGAGCGAAUGCGAUGGUCUUGAAGUUAUUAGAAAUCCAAAGAGGCCUAUCGGCGCUUGGAUACAUUACUAUAACGAUCAAUUAGCCAUGAUGAAAGAGAAGGACAAAGGAGUGAAGAUAAAUGAUGAUUUGAGGAAACAAUUGGGCAAGAAGUGGAAUGCACUUUCAAAAGUAGAAAAAGAAAAUUUCAUGGCAAAGUCCAAAGAAAGUUCAAAACAAUAUUCACUUCAAAAGGGUGUGGUUCCAAAGUUAUAUCUUCAGACUCGAUGCUCCCCCGAGCGAGUUAUUAGAGUGAUUGAAAAUUUAGAACCAAAGCAAAAGGCAGCCAUAGAAGAAAUAGGAUUUGGUAGCCUCUUGCAACUUCGAUGUAGGAAAAUAGAUCAUGGGUUAUGUCUUUGGUUGAUAAAUAGUUUUAAUCCGAACACUUAUAUGUUACAGUUGUAUAAUACUUGUAUCAAAUUAUCCCCCAUUGAUGUUGAAUUUAUUAUGGGAUUGAGGGCAAGAGGGUUAAAGAUUGGCAUGAACAAAGAUGUUGGUCAUAAGAAUGAUUUAUGUAAAAAAUAUUGUGAUAAAAAAGGGCGAUUGCCAUUAGUGAUGUUAGAAAAUCAAAUUAGGGAGGAUAAAGAGGGUGGAAACGAUUUUAAAGUUCGUUUUGUAUUAUUUGUGUUGGGUGCAUUAUUGUGCCCAACAAUGAAGCUUUUUGUGAAUCGCUCUUUCUUACAUAUUGUGGAAGACAUCGAUUCAAUAAAGAAGAUGAAUUGGGCAGAAUUUGUGUUGUCCUAUCUUGUGCACGGGAUUGAAGAGUUUAAGAAGAAACAACAAAGUGGGGUUUGCGGUUGCUUAUUGUUUUUAAUGUUAUUCUACCACGAGCAUAUAUCCUUUGAAGAGAAAUUCCUACCGCUAUAUACUCGACCUUCUCCUCGGAUUACUGCUUGGGGAGAUGAUGAAGUCUUGGACAGGAAAUGAAGAUUGAAAAAACUUGGUGGAUAUGCAAAUGAGGAUCUCAAAAUAUGGGUGAUAGAAAAUGAGAUAAGGGAUUGCGUUGAUGGAAAUGCAACGACAAUGGCGAGUGAGAAUGAGGACGAUGAGAAAUUUGUAUCCAAUCUAAACAAAGAUGUUAUUAAACGAGUUGAUGGUGGGAAGUUAAUGGAGAUGGAUAAAACCUUUCAACAAUUAAAGACACAUCUACUUGAUAUGGCUUAUGGUGCAAGUAGUAGUAGUUGUGAUAAAAUUUUGGCUAAAUUUGAGGAGAAUUAUACUCAAGUGAAAGGUCUCUUCCU